AUGCAAAAACCUAUUCAUCAAACAAGUCGGACCUGUGCAACCUGGUUUUCCACUUCUCAAGUUCAGGAAAUUGCUUUCAAGUUGCACCAGAAGGACAACGAUUUUGAAGUCAAGCAGUCAAUAUGUGGUCAAGAUUUUAUCGCUGACAUAUGUGGUUGCGUCAAUGUUACAACUCCGGUAAUAACCUAUCUAGUGGAUUUACAAGGCGUUCAAGUUCCCAUCUGGAAAGCGGCGGUGUGGUACCCAAAAGUAAGCACAGAUAAGAAGAAUCUUGAGAAGCUAUCGAUAGACAAUCCCCCAGACACCUGUGUUGAUCUCAAAUCUAACAAUGACGACAUCAAGGAAUUUAUAUUUCACAAGCAGGAAUUAGUUGAAUGCUGGUUAGUCGUUGUAUCAGAUGUGUGCCAUGUCACCGGUGAGGAAAGAUUUGAAAUUCUAAUGUGGAACAUGCGACAACUGGAGGAUGUACAGAAUGAUCUGCAACAGUUGGUUAAAGAUUUGUUUGCCUCCUUGGAAAGUUGUCAUAACAAAUGUUUGUCAAGCCUCCAGCAUACCCUUACCUGCAUGGACAUGGACACUCUUGUCAAUCUCCUAGUAGGCAAGCGCAAUAAAGCAUGUGGUUAUCUGUCCCUGACACAUGAAGAUGACUUUGUCGAAUAUGGCAAAAGGGAGUUCAAGAAAUUUUACAAUUAUGUUUGCUCUCUAGAUCAUGUAAAAGAACUGGUGGAAAAUCAUUUUACGGAAUUAAAACUAAGGACUGUAUAUAGUGAUGAGAUAUUAGUCAAGCUGAAGAACAACACUUUGAAGAUUAUAUUGUGGACACCCCUGCAUUUGCAAAUUCUAUCUAGUUAG